CGAGAAGUGCGGCUUGCUUUCCCCGCCAAGCACGGCGCUGUGGCUGCUGCUUUCUGCGUGAGGAAACCUUACCUAGAAGAUCAAUAUGUAAACAGAUUUCUGUUACAAGCUGCUCUGGUUGAAGUUGCUGGUGUGGUACCUAUCCCCUGUAUAUUUCACAGCUAUUUGGACCAUUGCUUGGAACUUUCUGAAAAUCCAAGUUGUUUUAUGAUAGAAGAAACUCAACAGUUGAGAGAAGAAGAUGCUGGAACCACAGGAGAAUGGCUUGAUUGACCUACCAGAUUAUGAGCAUGUAGAAGAUGAAACUUUUCCUCCUUUCCCACCUCCAGCUUCUCCAGAGAGAGAAGGUGGUGAAGGAGCUGAACCUGAUGAUGAGUCAGAAAGAGAAGCACCUAUUCCUGUACCUCCAAAGAGAGCAGUUAAAAGGAAUAUACCCAAGCUGGAUGCUCAGAGAUUAAUUUCAGAGAGAGGGCUUCCAGCAUUAAGGCAUGUGUUUGAUAAGGCAAAAUUCAAAGGUAAAGGUCAUGAGGCUGAAGACUUGAAGACACUAAUCAGACACAUGGAGCACUGGGCACAUAGGCUAUUCCCUAAACUGCAGUUUGAGGAUUUUAUUGACAGAGUUGAAUAUCUGGGAAAUAAAAAAGAAGUUCAGACCUGUUUAAAACGAAUUCGGCUUGAUCUUCCUAUUUUACAUGAAGAUUUUAUUAGCAAUAAUGAUGAAGUAGGGGAAAAUAAUGGCCAUGAUAUAACUGCUACUGAAUUAGAUCCCUUUUUGACAAACUCACCUGAAAAUGUGAAGUUUGCUUCUGAGCAAAGUAGAAGCCUGACUGAAGAGCAACAACAAAGAAUGGAGAGAAAUAAACAAUUGGCAUUGGAAAGAAGGCAGGCGAAGCUACUGAGUAAUAGUCAGUCCCUAGAAAAUGACUUGUUAAUAAACACAUCCAGGAAACAGACAGUUGAAGAUGUUAAUACAGUUGAGGAUCAAAAUGAAUCAGAUGGAUUUAACAAAGACAUUCUAGAAAACACACAUAACGAUGUUGCUGCCAAUAUAGUAAAUGAAGAGGAGGAAUUAAAAAUAGAGAAAACUCAACUGGACCAAUCCUUUUAAAAUUAAAAGGUACAGCCCUGGCUAGUAUGGCUCAGUGGAUUGAGUGCUGGCCUGGGAACCAAAGGGUCACCAUUUCAAUUCCCAGUCAGGGCACAUGCCUGGGUUGUGGGCCAGGUCCCAGGUACAGGUGUGUGAGAGGCAACUGCACAUUAAUGUUUCUCUCCCUAUCUUUCUCCCUCCCUCCCCCUCUCUUAAAAAUAAAUAAAUAAAAUCUUUAAAAAAAAAAAAGGGCACCGUGCAUAGGAGACCAUGUCCAGGGACAGCAGUUACAGCCAGACCCCAAGCUGGGCUAUCCUCACCACUCACCAGGUGGUCCUCAGUGAUGGUGUGCAGUGACCCCCCCCGCCCCGGGAGGGGACUACAGCACCACCCCUGGUGGCACGCUGUUCACGACCCCAGGAGGUACCAGGAUCAUAUAUGACCGGAAGUUUCUGAUGGAGUGUCAGAAUUGACCCUUGACCAAAACACCCCAUGGGACCUGCCCACCAUUCUGGGGGUCACUAGCCCUAUAAGCAAUGAGCCCCCCACAGAAGCCAGCCAGAAUUACCUGCAAAAGAAAAGCCAGCAGGUGGUGAAGAGUCACAGUUUGAGAUGGACAUUCAAGAGACCAGCCAUCAGAUCAAGCAAUGCCGUGGUCCCUCUGGGCCUUCUCAGGGGAAGAGUCAACAGCCAUUUAUCAUCUUGGGCAGGCAUUAGGUAUGGGGUCAACCAUC